AUGUAUCCUCUAUUUAAAGUCGCCUUCACCAAUUCGGGUGCAGUCCAUCAUGAAAAAUCAUCAGAGGAGAAAGAGGUGUUUAAUUUCUUGCUUGAGGCUGAUAAGAAAAUCGUUGGUGAAGAUAUUAGGAGACACAAUAAGGAAAAGAAACUUAGCAAAGCAGAGCAAGCAUCUCUUAACCAAGAUCAAGAAUCUGACACCGGCCAUAGGAAGAAAGGUGCAGAAAACAUCGUACAAUUGAUAGCUGGCGGUAAUAAGGAUGAUGCCCAAUCGAGCGACAAAACCAUUCCUUGUGAUGUGAUUUCAAUUGAGAGCCUUAACCAGAAUUUAUCUACAGAUUCAUUGCUUUCUCUAGCACAAUUAUUCAAUAAAGCGGAUGAUGCCGAAUAUGGUGCAAUUCGUGCUAAUCAGGAAGAGAUUUUGUGCUGGUAUUAUUAUGGAAAGGAAUUUUUAACCCAGGUUACUGUGAUUGUACAAGAUGGAAAAGGCAAAAUAGGUGAAAAAAAGGCAAAGAGACAUAAUGAUAACAAUGUGGAAGAAGUAUCAAGUCACAUGACUGAGGUUUCAGCUGGGGGCCCCGGCCAAAAUCAUGUAACCAAAAAUCCUGAAACCAGAAUCGGUCCAGUCGAUUCGCCCAAAUCUCAAGCAAGUGUACCAUCCGCAUCUUCUUGA